AUGCAGACUAGCCCCAGUAUACCCAAUUUAAAUGACAUAAUAUCGCAAUCCUUUGACAACAGUACUGUGAGUAGUACCAUGGAAUAUAAUUUAGACUCUUUUCAUAAAUAUCUAGUAAAGAAACACUGUGAAGAAAAUUUAUUGUUUAUGAUUAAUUCCCAACCUUUUUUAUAUUAUUAUGAAGUUGAUAUAGACGAAGGUUUAAAGCUACCCAAUAAAUAUAAAUUUCCCUUGGAUCUAUGGAUAAAUUCAGUAUAUUCUCAGUUUAUUAAAAUUAAUGCACCCCAGCAGUGCAAUUUAUCAGAAAAUAUAAGAAGUAAAUUCGAUUUAUAUUUUGAUAAUUUUGAAAUUCCCAAAUACGAUGAUUUAUUAGAGAUUAGACACUGUAUUUAUAGUCUAUUGCAAGAUAACUAUCUGAACUAUAUAAGUAACAAAGCCAAAGAAAACAGUAUUAAUACCGCUCCUAAUACCAUUAGUCCUGUUAUUAGUAAUAAUACUGCGGAUAGUACAAGUAAUACUUCCAGUGGAACCUUUAGUAUUAAAAGUUCAGCUAUAGCAAGUACGAGUAGCGAGGAAGAAUUAGGUAUCCACAAUGUUAAUGGCAACAAUAGUAAUAAUUUAAAAAGUGCAUCCAAGAGUUCAUUGAUACCAAAAAUGAAAGUGCAUUCUUUACCUAACACCAACGCUAAACUGGGACAAAAUCCUUCCAAGAUUAAUAAUAAAAAGAAUAUUGUUUCAUCAACACCUGCAUUUACUACAUCAACUAUCAAUACCAAAAAUAUUACUAAUAGUGGUAACACCGCUGGUAACAGUAACAAUAGAAAGAGUAGUUUUAUUAAUAUGGUAACGAACAAGAAACUGCUCAAGAAGAUAUUACUUUUAAAUAAAGAAGGCGAUAAUAUUGAUAGUAUAGAAACAAAUAGUGAUAGCACGGUUAAAAAAAGCAAUAGUCCCUCUUUUAACAUGAUUAGACGGCCUUCUGUUAACAUAAAAAGAAUAAGGACAAAAAGCGUUCAUUAA